UCGAAAUGUUCAAAUUUUAAAUCUCGUUGCGUUAUCAAGCCAUGAAAAACAUGAUCUGUGACAUAAUAUUUCCCUACGUAUAUGUAUGUACAUACACACUCCCCUCUACACUCGUUCCAAGUUCCAAGCACCGUUCGUAUGUGGCGGAAGGCGGGAGGAUAGGUCGCUCUUCGCGCUGUUGCGUAGUAGGUAAAGUCAUACGGUAGACAACGUGUGUGUGUUUCGUGAAGCAGCUCGUUUAAGGAAACUACAUGAUGAUCAGCAAUACCGGUUCACGUUUCUACGUGUGGUGCAUGGCUGCGAUUGUAAUUUAUGAUAUUAGAACUAAGUGUAUCAAUAGUGACAAUGCGUUGUGAUCCUAGUAGUUGUCCUUGUUCGGUAAAGUCGUCGUCGCCGUCGCCGUCGCCGUCGCCGUCGUCGCCGUCGCCGUCGUCGCCGUUGCCGUCGUCGUCGCCGUCGCCGCCAUCGUCGUCGUCGCCGCCGCCGUCGCCUUCGCCGUCGUCGUCGUCGUCGACGUCGCUGUCACCAUCGUCGUCGUCGUCGCCGUCGUCGCCGUCGUCAUCAUCGUCGUCGUCGUCGCCGUCGUCGUCGCCGUUGUCAUCGGGCCCACGUUAUCACUACUUAUCUCGAAGAUUGGCCGCCCUCACAUUCCUCUCCAACAUCUCUCUUGACGGCAGUCACCGGGACACCAAGUUUGCCGUCUUGUCACAAAGUGAACCGACUCACGAGCGUACGUUAAGCGAUGGCCAAUCAAAUCAACAAACGGUGCUCGAAGUGUAUCAGAGCGCUGACUUUGAGGUCUCCAUGGAAGAAGUUUUAGACGGUUGCACGGAAGAGGAGACGCACGAUUUCUCGCAAAAUGAAAUGAUAGAGCAAACCAACUCUCCGCUAUUAGUGCACAAAGGCACCGAUCAUAACUCUUACAGUUCUGAUUCGGAUGGACUAUUCACACCUGCCAAGGCAGCAGUUACCAUGUUCUUAGAGCAGGAGAGAAAUCAUCUGCAAUUGUCUUAUGGCAUGCAUUCGUUUAGAGAACGAACUGGAACUACUGGAAGCGACUACUCUUUACCAGAAAGACGUGUGGGCUCUUUACAAUAUAAGAAGCGCAUAAGUCAUCAAACAUCUACGCUUUCGGAAGACAUUAAGCAUCAAUACAAUAGUAGCAGUGAGAGCAUUGGCUCCAUACAUUCAAAAGCCCAAUUAUCAAAACUAAAGACAAAGGCAGUGAACAGUGUGCAACCUAUUUCUACAAAUAGUAGCAUAAUACCAGAAGUUGCAAAGGAGUUGCGUUUGUUACAACGGCCUGUGAAUGGCUGUAAAUUUGGAGAUGAUAGAUUGGUCUUGGUAUCAAACCAGCAUGUACCAUUUGUAGUAUUUUCUGCUAUUCCAUACAACAAAGGACAACGUUCCAGUUGGUCAGAAUUACGUAAAGACACAACUCGAAGAAAAAAUGUUUCAUCUCAAAGACCAUUAUCAGCAAUCAAUGACAGUAUUGAUCCAUUUGGGUUGUUGGGUAUAGAGCAUGCUAAAGAUGGCCAGGAAAUAUCUUAUGGGCAAUUACUUGUACCAUCUAGACAAUUCCAAAGGGAUAAAAAAUUGAAUCUUAAUGAAAAUGAAGCUAUGGAAUUAACACAUUUUAUACCUAAUAAACAUCACGUGGUACAAAGGACAAAAACAAUUACUUGGAAUGUGGAUCACAAAAAAUGGUGUCUAUCUUAUGAUACAGCUACAAAUCGGACUCAUUACAUAACUUCCGAGUCUCCACCUUUGUCUUUCAGUGCUGAUUCCAAAGCUUAUGAGUGGGAUGAGCAAUCUGCCCAAUAUAAUCCAAAUUUAUUGGAUGAUCCAGAACUUAUUGCUGGGAAACAUAGAACACUAUUAACGUUUACAUCAUAUAUGGCAUCUGUUAUUGAUUAUGUAAGACCUUCCGAUUUGAAGAAAGAGUUAAAUGAUAAAUUCAAGGAGAAAUUUCCUCAUAUACAACUCACUCUCAGUAAGCUUCGUAGUUUAAAACGGGAAAUGAGAAAAAUAGCUAAAUUAGAGUAUGGCAUCGAUUUACUCACUGUUGCAAUGGCUUAUGUAUACUUUGAGAAGCUUAUUCUUCGAAAUAUCGUGACAAAGCAAACGCGGAAAUUAUGCGCUGGUGCUUGUUUACUUCUCGCGGCAAAAUUGAAUGAUGUGAAGGGUGAUAUUCUUAAAUCGCUUAUUGAGAGAAUUGAGGGUGUAUUCCGUUUAAAUCGCAAGGACUUAAUUACAUCUGAGUUUGCUGUGUUGGUAGCUUUAGAAUUUGGUCUGCAUCUGCCAACAUGGGAAAUAUUUCCUCAUUAUCAACGAUUGAUCUAUGAGUCCUGACAUUCUUUCAUUCUUUUUAUACAAUCCCAAAAUGUCUCUGUGAAAAAAUCUGAACAGUAAAGCAUAUCCGUAAUAAUAAUCUUAAUAAUUUGGAAGCUAUAUCAACAAGCUUCAAGACAUUAUUACAUUAUAUACUUGAGGUAUCUUCUUUGUCCAUUUCUUCGAUUUAAUUCAAUUAUGUACAAUAAUGGUUUAAUAUGAAGGACCCUAUCAAAGGAAUAACGAUUGGAAAAACAAUGCUUAUGAGGUUCUUAUUGUAAUCGUUUCUGUGAGUUACCAAUGCAGUACUUGCUGCAUGCUGUGAAUAUUAUUUUAUUAUAUAUUUGAACAUAUUUAACUUCCUGUUUAAAUAUCAGAAAAUGAUUAAUGUUAAAGAGAAAUCAUAUUUAACUAUGGCAUGAUUAAAAUAUUUGUAAUAAGUAAAUAUUAUAUACAUACGCGUGUAAGAGAAAGAGAAGUUUAUAAAAUAUUUUAACUCUGAGUUGCCUUUUAUGAAAAAUAUUAUGUCAGCGGUUUUGUGUGAUAUGCAGUCUUUUUUAGAUAAGAAAAUAAAAAUAAAUAGGUAUAUAUAUAAUAAGUUUAUAAGUAAGUUUAUUUUGAUGAUUGUGCAUGUUUUUAUAUAUUUCACUAUUUUAUGUGUCAAAAUAUAUAUAACCUUUAAUCAUUUUAAUUCUAUGAUAAGAAUACUAAAGCAAUGUUUGAAACAAGAUAUCUAAAUAACUUCUUACAUUUUGAAUUGCUAGAGAUAAAGAUGUGGUCAAAGAAGAACAUCGUAGUUUUUUUUUUUUUUUUUUUUCUACAAUAUCACAAAUUUAUCUGAAACAUUUUUCUCUCUACUCAAAUAUAGAAAAAUUAUUUAGGUAACUUGUUUUUGUGCAUCAUCUUGUGUGAUUAUAUUGUUAUAUAUUUCACAAAACCGCUACUAUUUUGGUUAUACAGAUUCACUUCUUUAACAAAAUAAAAAUUUACUUGGUUUUAAAAGAGAAAGAAUGUUAACAGAAAAAUUGCUAUAUGUAUGAAAGAAUAAACAAACACAAACUUGAUGCUUCUUACAAAAGCAUGAUAGUAAUAAAAUAUUGAGUAUAGAUACCAAAUACAUAUAACAAAAUAUUAAAAUAGCUUAGAGAGUACAUUUCUCACAAAUGUGUGUGUUAGCAUAAUAGUCAAAAUUUAAAAUAGUAUGUACUUCAUGGCAGUAAAUAAUGACUAAAAAUGUGAAUAACAUAUAAUUACUUAAUUUUUUGAAAUAAUAUCAUAUUAAUUCUACAAUAAAAAUAUUCUCUCACAUUUACAAUAAUAAUUAUGUUACAUAAUAAUUAUAGAGUAUGAAAAAAGGUUUUAAAAUUCCAUAUAAAUGUUCUUUUAAUGAAGUUUAUUAUGUAUGUAGAUAUAUUAGAUAAAUUCAUGAUACAUUGUGAAGUUUUUUUAUUAAAGUUUCUCAUUUUUUGUGGUGUCUAUAUAAAGUAUUUCUGAUAUAUCCAUACAAUGAGUUACUUAAAGUUUGUAUAAUUUGCAUUAUAACAUAUUCAUAUACUUUCUUUUGAUUUAUAAAUUAGAGAUUAAAAAUAAUCAUUAGUAUUUUAAGUGUUAUUAAAAUAUGAUUAUGUAUUUCACUUCAAAAACCUAUUUGUUUUGUAUAACAUAAAUGUAAGUAGUUGUUUUUUUAAUUAUUGAGUAUAUAGUUUAUUGAAAAGUAAUAUGUAUGUGUGUGUGUGUGUGUGUGUGUAUAUAUAUAUAUACACACACAUAUAUAAUACCAGCUUUUUAUUUUUUCAAUAAGUGUCAAGUGUUUUUUCCAAUUUAACCAAUUGAUAAUCCUGAUCAAAUUGUAAAUACUAUGGAAGUUAAAUGAGUGUGAUAAAGAUAAACUCUUGUGUAGCAUUAUAAAAUAAUCUAUAUCCUAUAUAUAUUUUAUUAUUUUGUUGUAUUUAAACUGAGUCAUGUUCUUUUUAGAGAUUACUAAUAUAUUACAGAUAUUUUUCAGAUUAGAAUAUAUAGGUGUAUCCCUUAUUUUUAGAAAGAUAUUAGGAAAGUAUGAGAUAGGUGUCUUUCUGAAGGGUAGUUUUAAUCAAGAAUUGUAACGUUUUUCUCAAAAACUGACCAAGUUAAAUGUGCUUGAUACAUAAUUUUUAUUUAUAUACUUUAUACUGUACAAAACCUUUCCAUCAUAAAAACAAACCAGUGAGACUUAAAUUGUAUUUAAACUGACUUGUAGAAUAUGUAUUUUGUGCUCAAUUAUAUUUAUCUAUAU